UCACAAGUGGGAAGGGCACGUUUGCAGCGUUGUGUGUGGGGCUGUUCUAAACUCUGGACCGAAUGUGGUCUUGGUAGGUCCACAACCCACACCGUGGACGUUACCUAUUAAUAAACCACAUAUUUUAAUAACAGAUUAUAGUUCAGAAAUGGGGGGAAACAGCUCUAGUCACCUUUCGUUUGAAGACGAUGUCGACCGCGGUGUUACUUUUGUGAAGGGCAUUCGGCUAUCAGACAAGGUCAUCAAUCGGAUGAAAGAAUCUCCAGGGCCCGUCUAUCCUCGCCCUCGUCCAAUCCAGCCUGAGCCUGCAGCCCCCAGAACCACACUGACUCCCACAGUGGAACACCUAGUCCCCCUUCGAACACAGUCUUCUCCUCCAUUUAUUGCCACCUUGCCACCAACACUCGCCCAGGAACCUUCAACCUCAGCCUCCAUCCCACCCGCCCUGGCUAUACCAACUUCAUCUCCUGGACCAGCAAAGUUCACCCCACCUUCUCCUGUUAAAUUUCAUGUCCCUCCACCUCCAAUUGUGGCACUUCCCCCUCUUGUGGAACAUGUUGAGGCUGUACCUAAACCUUCCCCUAUUGAGUCUGUACCUAAACCUUUAUCUCCCCCAGUUGAAACAGUUGUUCCUAUUACAGUUGUUGAAUCUACAACCCCAGCUGUACCCAUAAAACAUAUCUGUUCCCCAACUGGAGUUCUUCCGGCUAUUGUUGAACCUGUAGACCUUCCAACCCCAACCCCUCUCCCUGCUCCUGUUGAAGCUAUAGUGCCCCCUACCCUAACCCCUGCCCUUGUUGAACCUGUAGUACCCUCUACCCUAACCCCUCUCCCUGCCCCUGUUGAUCCUGUAGUCCUCCCCAUCAUUGCUGAGUCUGUGGUUUCACCAGCCCCUACUAUUGUUGAACCUAUGAUCCUUCCUACUAUUGUUGAACCUGUUGUCCUACCUCCACCCAUGGAACCUGUUGUACCCCAAACCCUUAUACCUGCCGCUGUUGAACCUGUAGUCCUACAUACUAUUAUUGAACCUGUAGUCCUACCUACUAUUGUUGAACCUGUAGUCCUACCUACUAUUGUUGAACCUGUAGUACUACCUACUAUUGUUGAACCUGUAGUACUACCUACUAUUGUUGAACCUGUAGUCCUUCCUACAGUUUCUGAACCUGUAGUCCUACCGACUAUUGUUGAACCUGUAGUCCUACCCACUAUUGUUGAACCUGUAGUACUACCUACUAUUGUUGAACCUGUAGUCCUUCCCACUAUUGUUGAACCUGUAGUACUGCCUACUAUUGUUGAACCUGUAGUCCUACCCACUAUUGUUGAACCUGUAGUACUGCCUACUAUUGUUGAACCUGUAGUCCUACCGACUAUGGUUGAACCUGUAGUCCUACCGACUGUUGUUGAACCUGUAGUCCUACCGACUGUUGUUGAACCUGUAGUCCUACCGACUGUUGUUGAACCUGUAGUCCUACAUACUAUUGUUGAACCUGUAGUCCUACCUACUAUUGUUGAACCUGUAGUACUACCUACUAUUGUUGAACCUGUAGUCCUUCCUACAGUUUCUGAACCUGUAGUCCUACCGACUAUUGUUGAACCUGUAGUCCUACCCACUAUUGUUGAACCUGUAGUACUGCCUACUAUUGUUGAACCUGUAGUCCUACCGACUAUGGUUGAACCUGUAGUCCUACCGACUAUUGUUGAACCUGUAGUCCUACCGACUGUUGUUGAACCUGUAGUCCUACCGACUAUUGUUGAACCUGUAGUUCUACCUACAGUUGUUGAACCUGUUGUCCUACUUACACCCAUGGAACCUGUUGCAGCCCCAAACCCCUCCUCUCUCCCUGCCCCUGUUGAGCCAGUCAUUUCCUCUGUUGUUGAAUCUGUAGUCUCGCCCUCGCCAGAACCUAUUAUUCUACCAACCCCUUCCCUUGUUGAACCCAUUGUCCUGUCUCCCACUAUUGAGCCUGUAGACUUACCUUCACCAGUAGAACCCCCAUUUUCACAAAUGACUCUACCUUCACCUCCACCCCCUACAGAAGCGGUUGACCUCCCAACACCCCCUACAGCUGUAGAUCCUGUGUUUAUUGCUCUUUCUCCACCCACUGCUCAACCCCUUCCUCCCCCACCUGCUGAGCCUAUGGCUCCACCCCCAGCUACCCCAGUAGCAGCACCUCUACCAGAGCCUGACAUGGAGCCCAUGGUGCUCCCUCCCUCAUGUCACUCUAUGGCGGUCACCACCCUGCCCACUGAAUCCCCCAUAGGUGAAACCCAGGUUCCCCCUCCUCCAGUAGAGUCCAUGGUCCCCUCCCCAAGUGUAGAGUCCGUGAUCACUUUCCCAGUACCCCCCAUCAUCGAGGAAGUGGCCCUUGUAGUGAUCCCAUCCAAGCCCGCAAUAGUGGAUGAAGAGGAGCUGAGAAGAUCAAUCCAAGAAAAGCUGGUGAAAGGCUUUGAGAAAGAGAUGAGCCAGAGGCAACUGGAGCUUCGCCAACAACUGGAGGAGGUGCAGGCCCAGGCCAGAGCCAAGGCUCAGCUGGCAGCCCAAGUCCAGAUCCAGGAGGAGGUCAAGAAGACUCUGGAGCUGGAGCAGGCAGCCCAGAGAGAGACCAUGAAGGAGGCCAUCAUGAAGGAACGCAUGAAAACAGAGGAUGAAAGGCUCAUGGCCCAGCUCUACUGGAUGGAACUCAAGGCCCAUAAACUAGACGAGAAAGAAAAGGAGCUGAAAAAGCAGGACAUACUCUUCAGGGAACAUGUUGCCAAGCUUGAAGAGAAGAGUUCCCAGUUCUACAAAGUCACCACCGAAAACUUCCAGCAAGGCUCAGCUGAAACUCACAGACGUUUUGCACGUGUUAAUAUUCAGCCAGUUUGCGGUGACCUGCAGAGUCAGAUCCUCAAGUGCUACAGGGAGAACACAGGACAGACCCUCUCCUGCUCCAGCAUCGCAUCUGCUUACAUGCAGUGUGUGGACAACGCCAAGCAGACUAAGUUGAGCACUGGAGGGUGAUCUCAGGGCCAUGGGUCAGGAGAGCCUUAUUGAUUCACCAAUGGCAUUACUGUUAUACCAAAGGGUAGGAGAACGGCGACAUCAUCCACACUCACCAAAGUCAAUUUCAACAGCCCAGAGACAGGGCUCUGCAGUGGGAGACUGAAGCCUGCCUCAUGAGAGAAAUUGAGGUAAAAUGGCAGAAUUGGCUACCACACUACAACAGCAUGUGGAACUUGUUGUCUACUGUAGACUCAUGUUUCUUGUAUGGGCCAGAACACACAAAUCCAAUGGAAACUGAAGUGAUUCUGUUAUCAUGUUCAGCAGUACAGUAUAAAAUUUUCUUUUUUUGCAUUGUUUAGUGAAUGGUGUAGACUUGUGCCUUAAUUGUCAUGAUAAAACUUUAAUUUCCCAUUUUAAGAGACAGUAAUAUAUCCCAGAAAUGCAUAUAUUUGUGUAUUGUUACAUAAAGUUUGAUAUGAACUAAUGGAAACCAACUUGGUCAGCACUGAUCGAAUAUGGGUGAAAUUAGGCAUUCUCUGGUAUUUGACCUUUGUUUCCUUUGGGAAAAAAAAGUUGUCUAAAUAAACUACUGUAAAACCCCA